AUGGAUUACAAUCUAACAGAUGAUGACCUUAUUGACGCCGCUGCCUUGGCGGCACUAGAUGAUUGGGUCUUUGAUGACGGCUUAACUGAUCAUGAUAUGCUUGAUGCUGCCGAGUUGGCUGGCAUGGAUGACUGGGUCGCCGACGAGCCUCAGGCGGGAGCGGGUAUGCCGAAUGAUUUUCGUGCAGCUGAACAUGUCGCAGUAGAGCCCAGGGGCCACCGGUUUUCCAAGACCCACAGUAUGCAUUUUAAGUUGUUUCAAAUAAGUGUCCAUGAUCUGGAUGGUAUAAGCUUUAUUGAUGCUCCGGCAGUAAUCGUGGCUGUGUUGGAAUACAUCCUUGACACUGUGUUGGCUGGAGUAGCUCGUCAUCAGUACGUUCGCGUGUCAGUGGACUCGGCUCACCUGUCGUUCCCUAUUUGGACGCCACCAACACUGCGAUCCCAGUUGACCGUACAGCGGUGGAUGGCAGAGAUAUCCAAAGUCUUGAAUUCCCAUCAAGAGUUUGUCAUAGAUGGAUCUUUCGAAGUUUUGCUGGAGCAUACGGAAAUUCCUUCGGGUCGGUGUGCCCGGGACGUCCCUCCAAUGCUGUACCAGAAGCUCAAGAAAAUGACGUCAGUCAUCUUGGUCAACAACGACGACGAGAUCUGCAUGGCCCGUGCCCUAGUAAUUGGCAGAGCGUUUGCGGAUGGUCACAAGGAGUAUGCCAGGCACAUUGCCAAGGGUAAAAGGGAAAUUCUUGCAUUGUCGAAGGACCUUAUUAAAAAAGCCGGUCUGCCCAUGCGUGAAUAUUCUCUGGCGGACAUUCCAGCUUUCGAGAAUGUGCUUCGUGGUUACCAGGUCGUAGUUGUUAGUACCAUGCAAGCCAACAGCAUCGUGUACAGCGGAAAGCAUGAAGAGAAGCAUAUUUGCCUGCUACUCCACAACCGUCACUUUGACGUGUUGACCUCCAUGCCGGCUUUUUUUAAUCGUGGCUACUGGUGCUUUGGGUGCAAUAAAGGAUAUAACGACCGACGAAACCAUCGUUGCACUGGCCAAUGUAAUCAGUGUCUCCGUUCCAACUGCUCCAUGGACACAUCUAAUGUGUUGGCGUGCGGUGACUGCAGUCGGAAAUUUAAUGGGCAGUCGUGUUUUGAUCACCACAAACUGGGUCCCAGCGCUGAUAAGCUGUUCCACAACCGACGCAGCAUAUGCAGUACGGUGAAACUUUGCCUACUGUGUGGCUCCAUUUAUUCCCUGCUUAAAAGAAAACCAGGAGCCGUUCACCGGUGCGGAGAAAUUUUCUGUAAGACCUGCCGGGAGCACGUUGUGGGCGACCAUCGCUGCUACAUGAAACCACACAAGCUGGGCCCGUUUCAGAAGAUGCAGUACGCGGAUGCCCAGUUUCUGUUUUUUGAUUUUGAAACGUACGUUGCUGAUGAUGGACGACUGUACCCGAACCUUGCGGUCGUACAGAAUGAUGAAGGCGAGGAAUGGAUCUUCCCGCCAGAGGGAGAACCACUAAGCGACAUUACCGACUCACUUUGCCGAUUUCUGUUCAGUGAAGAUCAUCGCGACCACAUUGUUAUAGCUCAUAAUUUCAAGGCUUUUGAUGGCUACUUUAUUACCAACUGGCUGCUGAAGAAUGGCAUCAUCCCCCGAGUGAUUAUGAAUGGCGGCAAGAUCAUGCAGCUUGACGUGGUUCAACUGAAUAUUCGCUUCCGGGACAGCAUCAAUUAUAAUCCACAGAGCCUUUCCAAGUGGCCAGCGACAUUUGGGAUUGAAGACGCCUCUAAAGGUCUGUUCCCGCACCGCUUUAACCGACCAGAGAACUGGGAUCAGGUUACGGAGUUCCCUUCUAUGAUGGAAUACGGACACCAGUUCAUGAGCAAGAAAGACCGUGAGGCCUUUGAACAGUGGUACAAAGAUGAAAUCGCCGCCAAGCACAAUACUUUUGAUUUCCGAAAAGAGUUCGUGGAUUACUGCAGCAAUGACGUUACUGUCCUCCGCAAAUGCUGUCUUCAGUUCCGGAACCUGUUUUUGGGAAUAAGCAAUGGAAUCUGCCCAUUUUCCUCUACGCUGACCAUUGCGGGACUAUGCGGUCUGUACUGGCGCAGCAACAUCCUCAAAGCUAACCAGAUCGGAUUGAUUCCACCACAGGGAUACCAUUCCAACCGUAACCAGUCCGUCAAAGCGCUGAAGUGGCUACAAUGGAUGGAGUUGGAAGAAAACUGCCAAAUUCAGACAAGAGCGUCGGGGGCAGAGUUCAAGAUUGGUCAGUACUUCGUGGAUGGUUACUCUGCCGCAACGAAUACAGUUUUUGAAUUUCACGGCUGCUGGUUUCAUGGUUGUCCUGAAUGCACUGCUCCUGACACGAUCCAUCCAUUUAGAAAUCUUGCAAUGAGCAAGAUUUACGAAGAAACCCUGCAGCGGGAUGACUACAUCCAAAGCCGGGGAUACAGACUGCACGUGAUAUGGGAGCAUGACUUCGAUGGCCUUGUCAAAGAAGUGCCAUGGUUCGCAGCUUACAUUGAGGAAAUUACCGUGUGCCAACCUAUUAACCCCCGCGACGCGUUCUAUGGCGGCCGGACGAACGCCACAAAGCUCUUCCACAGUGUAACAAAAGAAGAAAAAAUCCGGUAUUUCGACGUCUGCAGCGAGUAUCCUUAUGUAAAUAAGAACAAGCGGUAUCCCAUCGGCCAUCCGAACAUUAUCGUUAAAGACUUCGAUGCAGUGACGGAUUAUUUUGGGAUUAUCCGCUGUGAAGUCGUUCCUCCGGCCGACCUGUAUCUUCCAGUUCUUCCAUACCGUAGUAAUGGAAAAUUGGUCUUUCCUCUUUGUCGGACUUGUGCGGAGACACAACAGAAUGCUCCGUGCGGACACACCGAGAACGAAAGGGCACUCUCUGGGACAUGGUGCACACCGGAGAUACAUGCAGCCAUUGAUCGCGGCUACGUUGUGACAAAAGUUUUUGAAGUUUGGCACUUUGAUCAGACCGAAGAGAGAUUGUUCGCCGAAUACAUUGACCGUUUUCUUAAAAUCAAGACUGAAGCAAGUGGAUGGCCAACUGAUGUUGUCACAGACCAACAAAAGGACCAGUACUUGCGGGAUUUCCAUGAGCACGAGGGAAUUGAAUUAGACCGCGACAAAAUGGAAAGUAACCCGGGCAUGCGGGCGCUUGCCAAACUGUGUCUUAACAGCUUUUGGGGACGCCUCGGUAUGCAGGAUAAUAAGCCGAACACCAAGUACAUUUCCUCUCCAGAAGAAUUCUACAGGAUGCUUCUUUCUGGAGAAUACCACAUUCAGUCGUGGGACAUGUUCAGUGACGACGUUCUACAAUUGGCGUAUACGAAGGAGACCCUGUUUGUCGAGCAAAAUCCGCAUACCAACGUCGUUUUGGCUGCGUUUACAACCUGCUGGGCGCGGUUGCACCUCUACGGUUAUAUGGAACAAGUGCAGGACAGACUGCUGUACUUUGACACUGAUUCCAUAAUUUUCGUGGAUAAACCUGGAUCACCAACGCCGCCGACUGGAAAGUUCCUCGGCGACCUUACGGAUGAGCUGCAGCCUUGUCAAUUCAUUAGUCAGUUCGUCAGCCUGGGACCAAAGACGUACUCGUACAAGACCAACGAUGGAAAGAGUGUUGUAAAGGUGAAAGGCUUCACGCUGAACGGGCACACCAGCGAGAUCAUCACCUUUGAGAAAAUGGUGGACGUGUUGGAGAAGAAAACGGAUUUUCUUGUUGCGGAGUACCCUGACAGCAUCCAACGUGUUAAGAAAUCUAUGACUUUAAAACAAGUCGAUCUUGCUAAACGGUUGAGUUUCACUUAUGAUAAACGUCGGAUUGUUAAUGCAAAUUGGAAUACUCUGCCUUACGGGUACACCUCCCAGUAA